AUGGAUAUCACCGAGUAUAUCUUCGCCCGGAGAGAGGAGGUCCUGCUUGCCGGAGACUACAAUGCAUACCGGGCACAUACUACUCGCAAAUUGCACAAGCUUCGAAAGAAGCUGGGGCAGGCCACUCCCAAAGGCCGCAAAUACACCGCUAAGGCCCCUAUUACUGCCGAAGAUGUUGGCAAAAACGUGGCUAAUGUCUAUCUCUUACUUCUCACUGCGGAACGGGCAUGGGCUCAAGCGAUGCACAUGAAAUCAACACACUCGGCCGACCCAUCUGCAAAGGGGAUAGCCGGUGCUGCUAGGCGUCAAAUUAUCACCUGCCUGAAUAAGGCGGCUGGAUCCGCGAAACAACUAGUUGGCGUGCUGGAAGAUCAGAGCGCCUCGGGUGCUACCGACACAGAUAUCUUAGAAGCCCGUGCCUACCUAACGUCGCUCACGGGGGCAUCAUGCCUGGAGAAGCGUAGUUGGGAGCAGUGCGUUCGGAAUUACUCAGUCUCUCGAGUCAUCUAUACCGCCCUAAGCCAAGCGGCGAAGAAGGAUGCAUUCCGCGACCUUUUAUCCAGCAAUAUCGACCCAAGUCUCAGAUAUGCAGCUUAUCAGAUGAAACUCCCACGGUCAAAGCCUAUUUCAUCGUUAGCCAUCGAGUACUUCCCAGCGGAAGCCACCGUAAGGUCUGAGGUGGAAAAGGCUGAUCCGAAUUGCCUCAAGGAGGAUGCGGCAGGGACACGGAGGACAGCCGAUGGAGAAGUCCAACAGCUACCUGAAAACGUUACAUGGAGGUCUCGCUUUGUGGCAAUAGAGGAUGCUGCGAUUGCACAGGCGCUCGCAGCGGCAUCGGCGGAGGAGUCUCGACUUGCUGCUUGGCUAGCUUCUUCAGACGGAAGCUCCGCAUCCUCCAAGGACAAAGCAGCCGCUUAUGACAGCGUGAUUAUUGCCAGUCAAGAUGCGGUCGACGCCACGAAGACAGCCAUCGACGAUCUUUCAAGCGAAGGCGUGGAUCUAGGUGACAAGCGAAUGCAGAGCUUGCAGAUCACACGAACAGCCGUGAACUACGCACUGGUAGGAUGGAGAAUUGGACGUAACCGUGUUUUGUGCGGUGAGAAUGAUGGCAUCACAUUUGAGCCCCACCGGACACAGUUAUCCAAGGGCAGCAAAACCGCUACCAGACAAGAAGAGCCCAGCGGGAAGAAACUGACAUGGUUGCGGGAGCGGGUGGUUUUGUAUGACUCCACCCUGCAGAGCAUCGAGUUCAUCCUAGAACUACCGGGUAUCGCCGCAGACUCGGCCUUUGUUCAGGAACUAGAGGCCAAACGCAGCUAUUUCCGUGCCCUGAGGUGCCUCACCAUCGGACGCUCGCACGGCAUCCUAGGCAAGACCCAAAACGCCCUUGCCCUCUUCUCCCAAGCCCUCACUAUCGUCCUCGCCGCAGCCGCCUCACUCCAGUCGUCCAUUGACAUCGACGGCCCGCCCCGAUUAGACAUCGCACCCAGCCAAGCACAAGCGCUGGAGCACGAGCUACGAGCCCUCGUCACAAAAUACCAAGGCCUCGUCACCCUCGAAAGCAUCACCGCGCAGGAGCAAUCCAAAUCAACCAGCCAGCGGCCGCUCGUGGAACGCCUCCACGAAUACUCCGGCGACUCCCUUGACCUCAACAACCUCGUUCCCUACCCCCCAAAGAUCCAGCCAAUCCCCGUGAAGCCGCUCUUCCUGGACGUCGCGUGGAACUACAUUGAUUACCCUCGUGAGGGCAAGGCGGCUGUCUCUGCGGCGGCACCUGCUCCACAAGCAGAGCAGCAGCAGGAGCCCCCUACUGAAGGGCGGCGGCGCGGAUGGUUUGGGUUUGGUCGGUAG